UGGUUACUUUGGUAGUCUAUGAAAUUUCAAAUUAUCCCCAAAAAUUACUGUAAGCAAGCCCUUCCGAAAACCUGAAGACCUCGAUCGCAAAAUCCUAAACCAUAAUUUUCUCUCUACUGCAACAACACAUCUCAGAUUUUGAAGUUUGAAUUUGCAUUUGCAUUUGUCAGCGGUAUAUAUAGUGUGUACGUCGAGAGAGAGAGAUGCCGAAGCGAACGACGCAUACGUAUUCUAGCGAGGACGCUUUGCCGGAAGGCCCUGAUUCCGAUCUCUUCGUUUACUACUGCAAGCCUUGCGGCUCCCAUGUCCUCAUCACCGAUACACAAUUGCAGAAAAUGCCCAAAAGAAAAACAGACAAUGCGUAUGUUUUGGACAGGAAGAAGCAUCUUGCAAGGCUGAAUACUAGCGAAGCAGGAAAGAUCCUCUUAAAGCGUGGUGAAGGGAAAGUGGAGAGGCAGUAUCGAAUGAAUUGUGUGGGUUGUGAGCUUUUUGUUUGCUAUCGUGCAGAAGAAGACCUGGAGUCUGCUUCGUACAUAUAUGUAGUUGAUGGUGCGCUCAGUACAAUUGCUGCUGAAACUAAUCCACAGGAUGCUCCUGUUCCACCUUGCAUAUCACAAUUGGAAGGCGGUCUUGUGCAAGUAGCCAUAGAAGUUGAAGACCGUGCACAACGUUCUGCAAUCACGAGAGUAAACGCUGAUGACGUUCGAGUUACUGUAGCUGCAGUUGCUGCCCGAGGAGAAGCUAACAAUGAACUUUUGGAAUUCAUGGGGAAGGUGUUGGGUCUAAAAUUAAGCCAGAUGACACUUCAACGAGGGUGGAAUAACAAAUCAAAGCUCCUGGUGGUGGAAGAUUUGACAGCCCGACAGGUGUACGAGAAGCUUCUCGAAGCUGCACAACCAUGAACUCGAUAGCUUGGAGAGUUCAUCUGCAGCUGUUUUAUAUCUUUUGCUAAGAAUGUGACUCUGUGUAGUCUAGUAUGAAGAUGAUGUUUCAAACCCAAGAGUUUUGGACAUGGGAUUCUCAGCUUUCCAAUUCUGUAACACAAAACUAUUUCAUUCGCAAAAUGAAAUGUCAUUAUUCA